GUUGGGACAGAAAGUUUAUACAAUAGUGGGGUGCUAGAUACAUAUAUAAAGCACAAUUCCUUUCAAUUACAAUUAAAGAAUAAAAACAAUCAAACGUAACAUUGAUGAAUUCAGUAAUGAUAAAGGUCAUAAUGAAAAUUGGUACCACGUUGUUGUUCCUUAAUGUCUUCUCUUUCGCUGUGUCGAGAGUGUUAAAGUUUAAAACACCAAGCUUCAACCACUCUUCAAAAAGUGUUUUAGUUGGGCCCAACACUCCAAUUUAUUUACUGAGGACUGAAAAAUCCGAAUUAAUGGUCGAAAAAAAAAUUAAUAUUUUCAAUCCUAUCUCAUUCAGAAUUGAAGAUGAUACAAUGUUUGUUGAAGUAUUGGUGAUUAUUGACUACGAAAUGACUAAAUUGAAAGCUUAUGAUACUGAAGAAAAAAUAAUCGAACAUGUAUUAGCUGUGUGGGAUGAAGUAGAUGACACCUAUCAGCAUUUGAAGAAGACGGAUAUUAGAAUAAGCCUUGCUGGGAUCGUUAUACCCAAAGAUUCAGGAGUUUUUAAUUUCUUCAAUAAACAUUAUAUUGGAUUAAAAUUACCUGCUAUAGACUAUAAAGAUGUAAUGGCUAAUAUGGGUCGGUGGCUUUUUGAUCACCAAGAUAAAUUCCCGAGUGAUAGUUACGACGCUUUCAUGAUAUCAACUCAUUCUCCAGACGUUAAGUAUGGCUUGAUGACACAAAUAGGAGGAGUGUCAAUGCCGUAUGGUGCUUGUCAAACCGAAAACUACCGGAAGAUGAUGUCCAGAGGAGGAAUUAUACAUGAUGGGCCCGGUUUACUUAGUCAUAAGAACGCCGCUCAUGAGCUAGCUCACAUACUCGGCGCUGGACAUGAUCAAGAAAGUCAAUGGGACGACCAUAGCACUACCCUAAGAUACACAGAAAAUGUAAAAAUGUGGGCCAAUACACGUAUAGAACAUCACAGAUUUCUUCCCAUAGUAAGCCAAUGGGAUUCUGUUGUAUAA